UGCACCUCUUCAAAGACAAAAUUGGCCCUCUAUCAACACUCAGUCUCUCCACGAAUCCAGCACAAGGAACUCCAAGAUGCCGGACACAAUCAUGUCCAAGGAGCCCAGUUCCGACCUGGAGAGUGCCAUGCAGAUGCUCAUAAAGACCUUCCACAAGUAUUCAGGGAAGGAGGGUGACAAGUACACGCUGAGUAGGGGUGAACUGAAGGAGCUGCUAAUUGAGGAGCUGGGGAGCUACUUAGGGAACUCCAAAGAUAGUGAAGCAGUUGAGAAAGUGAUGAAUGACUUGGAUGCUAACAACGACGGGGAAGUGGACUUCACCGAGUUCAUCAUUCUAAUGGGCGCCCUCACGGUCGCCUGCAAUGACUUCUUCCUGGAGUUCAAGACAGAUGACAACCCAAAAGGCGAGUCGGCGGCGAAGAAAUGA